GAUAUGUCUUCUUCUUCAACUUCAAUCUCUACAAAAAUAUUCAUCUUUCUCGAAUAAUAUUCCAAAACCCAUCUUUUUUUCUCUCAAAUUUUUCUCCUUUUUGCCCUUUCUUCAACUGGGUAUCCGAAUUUCGAUUUGGGUAUUCAAAAAGAUUGGUUUUUGAUGCCAAGUUCAAGUUCAGGCACGUGAAAUUCUGAACAGCUCUGCAAAUUCUCCUCUGUUUUCCCUGGUUUUGGUUCAAAAGUGUUUUGGGGUAUGAAUCCGAGUAACGGGAAAGGACCCAUCUCCAUGGCUAGUUCCAGCGCCUCUUGGAGAGUAGGAGAUGGUGUUUCCGAUCAGUUUCCGGCGGGUCUGAGGGUGCUGGUUGUUGAUGAUGAUCCGACUUGUCUCAGGAUCUUGGAGAAGAUGCUUAGGACUUGUCUUUAUGAAGUAACAAAAUGCAAUCGAGCAGAGACGGCGUUAUCACUCUUACGAGGGAACAAAAAUGGAUUCGAUAUUGUUAUCAGUGAUGUCCACAUGCCAGAUAUGGAUGGAUUCAAGCUGCUAGAGUAUAUUGGUUUGGAGAUGGAUCUCCCAGUUAUCAUGAUGUCUGCAGAUGAUGGGAAAAAUGUUGUGAUGAAGGGUGUAACUCAUGGCGCCUGUGAUUACCUUAUCAAACCUGUACGUAUAGAGGCACUGAAGAACAUAUGGCAGCAUGUGGUCCGGAAGAGGAAGAAUGAGUGGAAGGAUUUUGAGCAAUCAGGAAGUGUAGAAGAAGAUCGGCAGCAAAAGCAAUCUGAUGAGGCAGAUUACUCAUCUUCAGCCAAUGAAGGUAACUGGAAAAAUUCCAAAAAGAGGAAAGAUGACGAAGAAGAAUCAGAGGAGAGGGAUGAUUCAUCCACCCUAAAGAAGCCAAGGGUAGUUUGGUCUGUCGAACUCCAUCAACAGUUUGUUGCAGCAGUCAAUCAGCUAGGCAUUGACAAGGCUGUUCCAAAGAAAAUUUUGGAGUUGAUGAAUGUUCCGGGGCUUACUAGAGAAAAUGUUGCUAGCCACCUACAGAAGUAUCGGUUGUAUCUUAGAAGGCUAAGUGGGGUAUCACAGCAUCCAAAUAACUUGAAUGGUUCUUUUAUGAAUCCCCAAGAAGCAGCUUUUGGGCAACUGUCUUCACUCAAUGGGCUUGAUCUUCAAGCUCUUGCUGCUGCUGGUCAGCUUCCAGCGCACAGUCUUGCCACACUUCAAGCAGCAGGGCUUGGUAGGUCAACUCCAAAAUCCAGCAUUCAUAUGCCCCUUGUUGACCAGAGAAACGUCUUUAGCUUUGAAAAUCCAAAGUUGAGACUUGGCGAGGGGCAGCAGCAACAUAUGCCCAGUAAUAAGCAGAUGGGCUUACUUCAUGGAAUCCCAACAACCAUGGAGCCAAAGCAGCUUGCUAAUCUGCAGCAUACUGCUCAAUCCAUUGGAAACAUAAAUAUGCAAAUCAAUUCCCAAGGAGGGCAAAGCAGCCAGAAUAAUUCUCUGCUGAUGCAAAUGGCCCAGUCACAGUCAAGAGGGCAGAUACUUGGUGAAACAGCCGGGGGUCAUGUUCCGAGGCUUCCUUCAACCAUAGGACAGCCUAUCUUGACACCUGAUAUUGGUCCUAAUGUCUCUGCAAGAAAUGGAAUUCCUGAGAACAUCAGAAGCACUGGUUACAAUCCGGUUUCACAAACCUCCUCAUUGUUGAAUUUCCCCAUGACCCCUACUUCAGAAUUGUCUGUUAAUAGCUACCCUCUUGGAAACACUUCUGGAGUAUCCAGUCUCCCAUCCAAAGGGUCAUUUCAGCAAGAUAUUAAUUCGGACAUUAAAGGAUCAGUGGGAUUCAUGCCAAGUUUUGAUAUAUUUAAUGACUUGCAUCAGCAUAAAUCUCAAAAUUGGGAGCUAGAGAAUGUGGGCAUGACAUUUGAUGCUUCACGGCAUUCAAACUCUGCACAGGGCAGUCUUGAUCUUGCACAAUCAGUUUUAGCACAUCAAGGGUUUUCUUCUGGUCAAAUGACAGGACAGAACCGAAAUGCAGCAGCCAUAGGCAGCACAAUGUUCUCAUCAAAUAAUGGAACUGAGCAUGGGAAUGCACAAAAUGUUGGCCCUCACCUAAAUGCCCUUCUUAUUGACAAUCAAAUAAGAGUUAAGACCGAGACAUUUCAUGAUUCUAAUCCUGCCAAUAUCUUUCCUGAGCACUUUGGUCAAGAGGACCUCAUGAGUGCCCUUCUGAAGCAGCAAGAGGGCAUUGCAUCAGCUGAACAUGAGUUUGAUUUUGAUGGAUAUUCAAUGGAUAAUAUUUCGGUGUAGGGCAUUUCCCAUUCUCCAUUCUCUUUAUGGUUGCGGUUUCCAACGUACAUAAUCACUAUCACAGAAAUAUUUCUCUUAUGCAAUCAGUUUGCUGGAGCUCAAGUUUGUCUCUUCUGCACAAAACAGGGUUUGCUUGCUUUCAAAUACUGCAUCUUCUCUUUUGAAUAUCUAGUUAUGCUGGUUUCUCUUGGACAUAGAAGGAUCAGAGGAGGACUAGUAUCAACCAGGAUCAUUUGUCAGAAGAAAAAUUAUGAAGCAUGUAAGAUACUGCUGCAUGAUAUGCAAAGGCAUGCAUGCAAAAUUUUGGUUGUUUUUAGUAGCAAAGAAGCAACUAAAUUGUAGGAUGCUUUUGAAGGUUUUAAGUAUGGGGAGAACAUUGCUUUUAGACAGCUGCAAACGGUAGGGAGAUUUUCUAAUAACAGAUCAAGCUUGCUGCUAUUGCUUCUUUCAUUCUUCUCAGACCCCACUCUCCGGAUUAUCCUUGCUCUUUCCGGUCUCAUUUUCCAUUUUUUCUUGUUAGGGAAUUGAAUGUGAUGUACAUAUUCCAUUGGAUUGCUUUAGACAUAAGUCUGAGCAUUCAUUUCAGGCUCUCUUGGACUUGAAUCUUAUAAGACUCUCAUUUGGCUUCGUUGAUUUACCCUACUCUUCAAAUUAAUGAGAUUCUCUUCUUUUCCAGUGUGUAAGACGCAGGCAUGAAGUUUUCGAUGUA